GGAGUGUUAGUAAGAAGUCCAAUGCAGAAGAUUAGCACCCACGGCAAGUCGACAACAAGCUAUUCCACUUCCAUGGAUCUUUGGAGGAUAAAACAAGCUAUAUUCCAUCUUGACUCAAGGUUUUACAUGUUUGAUCGGGUUAUUCAGUGAAAUACGCAAAGAAAACUGAAAAAGUCUUUACUCUUUAAUAUCCAAAGCAAACAUAAAGCAGAACAAAAAAGAAAGAGAACAGUUUUCCUCAGAUUUCAUUUCACCUCAAUCUGGGUUUUCAUCAUGUUUCCUAAGCGCCUGCUUCAGAAGGCUGUUCACCAUUCUCAGCAAAAUGUGCAGUAUGGGAAUUUGAAAUCAGAAGACUUGGAUUUGCGAGUUGCUAUCCACUAUGGGAUCCCUUCUACAGCAUCAAUUCUUGCCUUCGAUCCUAUUCAGCGCCUCUUGGCUAUCGGCACUUUAGAUGGCCGGAUUAAAGUUAUUGGUGGUGAUGGCAUUGAGGGACUUUUCAUAUCUCUGAAGCAAUUACCUUACAAAUAUAUAGAGUUCAUGCAAAACCAGGGUUUUUUAAUUAGCAUCUCAAAUGACAAUGAUAUUCAGGUUUGGAAUCUGGAGAACAGGUGUAUAACGUGUUGUUUACGUUGGGAAUCCAACAUCACUGCCUUCUCUGUCAUCAGUGGCUCGCAUUUCAUGUUCAUUGGAGAUGAGUAUGGUAUGAUAUCAGUGAUUAAGUAUGAUGCUGAAGAUGGAAAACUUUCUCAGUUGCCAUAUAAUAUAUCAGCAAAUUCUUUAAGUGAAGCAGCUGGGUUUUCAUUUCCUGAUGGCCAACCUGUUGUUGGCAUUCUUCCUCAACCCCAUUCUUCUGGAAAUAGAGUCAUAAUUGCAUAUGCAAAUGGUUUGAUAAUUCUUUGGGAUGUUUCUCAAGCUCAAAUUUAUUUUAUUGGAGGUGGAAAGGAUCUUCAGUUAAAGGAUACAGUGGAUUCAGAGGUUCAAGAUGAUACAUUUGAGCAUCAUCUACAAGAAAAGGAGAUAAGUGCUAUUUGUUGGGCAUCUUCUGAUGGAUCCAUUCUUGCAGUGGGAUACAUAGAUGGGGAUAUCUUGUUUUGGAAUACAUCAAGUAUUGCCUCUUCUAAAGGUGAACAAAAUGGACAAAACAAACAUGUCGUAAAGCUGCAAUUGUCAUCUGCUGAAAGGAGACUGCCUGUCAUUGUCUUACAAUGGUCCCCAAACAAUAGAUCCCACAAUGAUUAUAAUGGCCAACUUUUUAUCUACGGUGGUGAUGAAAUAGGAUCUGAAGAAGUUUUGACGGUUUUGAGUCUUGAAUGGUCAUCUGCGAUGGAGACUGUUACGUGUGUUGGUCGUGUGGACCUUACACUCACUGGCUCGUUUGCUGACAUGAUUUUGUUGCCAACUGCUGAGACAACAGGGCACAAUCACAAAGCUGAUCUUUUUGUGUUGACAAAUCCUGGACAACUGCAUCUUUAUGAUAAUACCAUCUUGUCUACCUUGCUAUCUGAGCAAGAGAGGAAACAAUUUGCCUGUCCGGUGGAAUUUCCCAUGGUAAUACCUACAGCUGACCCAUCAAUGACUGUGGCAAAGUUCAGUGUGCUACCCACAGGUGAAAACUCAUCAAAAGGUCCGUCAGAGCUUGCAUUUAUGAUGAAACCUGGCUCAAUACCAACCCCAGCUGGUGGCAUAAAGUGGCCCUUGACAGGGGGCAUACCUAGUCAUCUAUCUGUCGCUAAAGAUAACAGUAUUGACAGUUUGUACAUAGCAGGUUACCAGGAUGGAUCUGUUCGGAUAUGGGAUGCGUCUUAUCCUGUCCUGUCACUUAUCUGUUUUCUAGAAGGAGAAGUGCAAGGUACAAAUUUGACUGGUUCAAGUGCUCCAGUGACAACUCUGAGCUUCUGUUGGCACACUUUAAGUUUGGCUGUUGGCAAUGAAUGCGGUGUGGUUCGCAUUUAUAACCUCGAUGGCAGCUCCGGUAAAACAAGCUUUCAUUAUGUCACUGAGACUAGAUGUGAAGUUCAGAGUUUUCCCCAAGGAAAAGGACCUCAGUAUAAAGCUGUAUUUUCCCUUUUUGAAUCACCAGUUCAAGCUCUGCAGUUUGGGAAUUGUGGAGCCAAGCUUGCUGUGGGAUUUGAAUUAUGUCGUGUUGCAGUGCUUGAUGUGAGUUUGUCAUCUAUUUUGUUCAUGACUCAUUAUGUGUCUGGCUCGUCAUCUCCAAUCAUUUCACUGUCUUGGUUAGAGUUUAAAACUGCUCAUAGCCUUGUGAAAAGCUCAAAGCAUUCAGAAACAGAAGUUGCUGUCAAACCUGAAGAGGAAAUAAUAUUUGUCUUAACCAAGGAUGCAAAAAUUAUCUCUAUUGAUGGUGGUAAUGGUCAGAUGAUACACCCUCAUCCAUGGCACUUGAAAAAAGAAGAAACUGCACUCUCCAUGUACAUUAUAGAGAGCAGUUUUUCAGUAUCUGAAUUAAACUGUGAAGGGCAGCUGGAGGAAUCCAGCAAGGAUAUCACUGCCAAGAGUGAGCCUGAGCUUGACGCCUCUUCAACUGUGACUGAACAUCUCUCCUCAUCAGAAACUGCAUCCUCUCAGGAACACUCACUUGAUGCACUUGUUUUGCUUUGUUGUGAAAAUUCAUUGCACUUGUACUCCAUGAAGUCUGUGAUUCAGGGGAAGGAUAAAACAAUUCAUGGAGUAAAACAUAAGAAACCUUGCUGUUGGACCACCACUUUUAAGAAAGAUGGAAGAGUAUGUGGACUGCUCUUGCUGUUUCAAACAGGGGAUCUGGAGAUCAGAUCCUUGCCGGACUUAGAAUUGGUUAAAGAAAGCUCCAUAAUGUCAAUUCUAAGGUGGAACUACAAGGCAAACAUGGAUAAGACGAUGACUUCUGAUAAUGCGCAAGUUACACUGAGAAGUGGAUGUGAAGUGGCAUUCAUCUCUCUCUUGGCUGGUGAAAAUGGUUUCAGGAUUCCAGAAUUGCUGCCUUGUCUGCAUGAUAGGGUUCUUGCAGCAGCUGCCGAUGCUGCCUUUAGUUUCUCGUCAAAUCAGAAGAGGAAACAGGGUACAACACCAGGGAUUCUUGGUGGUAUAGUCAAAGGCUUUAAAGGAGGAAAAGUAAAUACUUCUGCAACGCCUGAAUCCAAUUUUACUCAUUUGGAGAGCAAAUUUUUAAAGGCCCCAUUCAUAGAUACAACCCAGAAUGUUAUAAAAAAGCAGGAAGAUGUGGAGCUUGACAUAGAUGACAUUGAAAUAGAUGAAACUCCACCUGUAGCUAGCUCCUCAUCUCACGAAGCUGUUAAAACAAAAGGAGAUUGUUCUCUCUACCUUGCAGGAAAGGAAACAGACAGAGAAAAAUUGUUAGGUGCGCCAGAUGAUUCAACACCCAGAGUUAGAACAGCUCAAGAAAUUAUUGCUAAAUAUAGAAAAACUGGGGAUGCCUCUUCAUCAGCUGCCCAUGCAAGAAAUAAACUGGUAGAGAGGCAGGAAAAGUUAGAGAGAAUCAGCAGGCGCACUGAAGAGCUGCAAAGUGGGGCAGAAAACUUUGCAUCAUUGGCAAGUGAGCUUGCCAAGGCAAUGGAAAAUCGAAAGUGGUGGCAGAUAUAAAGAGAGACAAAUGGGGAUUAAUUAUCUUGAGAUAAGUUGUUCAUGCUCGACUUUACUUGAUCAUUUUUUGGGAACAGGAGACUUAAAACUGAUAGAAUCUUUGGUGGAAAAUUGAGGGUUGUUGAAGCUUCUAACUAAGAACUGUGUUUGAGAAUUAAUUAUAUGUCCGAUGUAAAGUAAUAUUAUGUUUGGUUGGCUUAAACAUGAUUCAUUCUGAUAAAAAUCCUUGGGUUGAAAAUCAUAAAUUUUUUCAUGCAAAUGCAUAGUGCAUAGAGAAUAUAAAAGGGUUGAUGUUGAUAAAGUAUAUAGAGGUGUAAUGUAAAUUGCAGAAGCAGGGAAGCUAAUCAAGGAAACCAAUUGGACUGAUUUUCUAUUAUAUAAAGAAUUACCAUUUGUUGGAUUGAGUUUGCUUUCAACUUUAAAUGCAUUUUUUAUUUUUGGUCAACCCCCUUAGAAGUUUAGGAGCUAUUUGCCCAUGAGUAUUAACAUAAAUCAUAUGUUCAAAAUUAUUGCAUUAAAGCUUUUUCUUUUUGGAUAAAUCCUAGUUUUUAUUUUAUUUUAUUUUAUUUUAUUUUAUUUUAUGUUGUAAACAUCACUAAUACAUUGAUUAUGAGCUUUUUAUGCCAAGUUUUUUAAUUCUAAAUAUUUAUGUUCUCUUUUAAUUAGUAACAAAAUAAAUCAUUGUCAAAGUUGUGAAAAAACAGUUUUGGUAAUUGUAAUUUAAUUUAAUACUAAAAAAAGAAUAUUAAUUGAAUAAACAAAUCGAGUCCUAUUUGGAAUUAACAUAAAUUUUCAAAGAGGACACAGAAAACUUUGCUAAAAAUUGACCCAAAAAAAAAAGUUGGAGGAGUGGGGUACUCCAGGCAGGCUGCCUCCUUGGUGGCUUUGACCAGACAUUAUUAUCUUAACAAAUAUGCAAAUAAAACAAUAAAUUUUGAUGAUAAAUCACGUGAUUGAUAUACGUUUUAUUUUUAAUAUAGAAAGGCGUGUUCGUCCACCGCUGGAUUUGGACUUUUCCACAAAAGAGUGAGAUACCUCAUAUUGUGUCAGCUUUGGCAAAGUGGCUGGGAAUAAAGUUGACACAUUUAUUUGUUUCAUUUGUAUUCUGUUCAAACUAUUUUGGUGCACUAUUAAGAUUAUAAACAAUAUAUAUGUAACAUUAACAUUUCAUGAUUUAAACAGUCACUUUUUAUUUGGCCAAAAUUAAAACUUUAAUAUUUCAACACUCGUUUAGUACUUUCCAAAUUUGAAGUGAUGGAUCGUCUGACCUUAACAUAUUCAAUGGUUCAUAUUACUCUUUUGCCCUUUUGCCUAUCAAUAAUCAGUAAUAAAGUAACCGUUAAAGAAAAGAAAAGGCAACAUAAUAAUUUGAGCACGUGUGAGAAAAUGAUUCUGGUCGGUGGGCUUCAUUGGGAAACCGACCUUUCGAAGCAAUGCUACGUCUAUUUGCUAUUGGAAAGAGAUUUCACACAUGCCAAGCGCUGCCCCUAGCCAUCACAUACAUAGGAAAAGUGAAAAUACGCUCCAAAGAAAAGGACUGAAUCAGCAAAA